ACCACAAAAUAUAAACAGUGGAGUGGUGGCCUGUGUGUCACCCUGUCUUGCAGAGGUAAUGCUGGCCCUCUCACUCCAACUACAGGUUAGCUGUAUGGCAUCAAUGAGUGAGAGGGAAGCCAGGACUAUUAGGUCUUUUUGGUGAGAGGGGGUCUGUCUUGAUGGUGUGUAAUGGUGCAGCCAGCGUCCCUCAGCGAUGUCCAGCAGCAUGCAGCAGAGGGACCAGUACCUCCCCCGGGAUGGUGAGUGGAAGGUGGAGUGCAUAAUUGUGGACGAUGAAGAAGAUGUGGAGGUGGAUGUGUUGUUUGUCAGUGUGGGGCAUGUGUCAGUGGCCUCACAGACUGACUCGGAGUAUUUUGACGCCUGCCAUUCAGACAUUCCUGGUGUGCCUAUAUUCUACUGUGGGCAGCCAUCACCAGGCACUGCCACCACACAGUGCCUCAUUCCAUACCUGACAGAUGCAUGUGUUGGCACUGACACUCCAGGGACACACUUUGCUCAGAGCCAAGGAACACCAUCACACAAGCCAGCUGCCUCCUCCUCUGGUGUUGCUCUCAAGAAAGCAGCUCUGAAGUUGAAAAUAAAUGAGGGAUCACCAGACACAUUGAGCAGAAGACCAUUGCCCCCAACAGCUCCAGCAAAGACCAAGACUGCCACACAAGCCUUUCCUGCCACUAUUCAGAAGAGAGGCAGAAAAAGAAAGGUUUUGCCUAGCAGAGAACAGAAAAAUUCCACUAGACACAUUCCAGCAGUAUCAUCUAAGACCUCAGGAAAGCGGAGCAGGAGAAAAAAGCGAGAUAAUGACUAUGAGUAUGAUUUAGGCGAUAGUGAAGGGGAUGCUGACCAAGUGCUGAGAGAUGAGUGUGAUAAUGUAGAUCAGGACUGGAGCGCAGAUAAGGAGCCAAGGGAUGAUGGCAGUGAGACAGACGGAGAUGAGAAAGAAAGCCUCAGGGAUAAAAAGUUAGACUGGAAGGCCACAAAAGAUGAGUGUGGUGAGGGAGUGGAUUACAAAACACUGAUGGACAAGGUGGUUAAUUAUGGUGAAAGUAGUGAGGAAUAUGAUGAUGAGGAGGACAACAAUGGUGAUGGUUAUGAGGAGUGUGACAACAAACAUGACAUCGAGAAGAGUAACAGAGUGAUGAGAAUAGGAAUAAAUGACCUAGACUCUGAGAGCAGUACUACCAGACAGCAAAGAAAACAUUCUGAGAAGGCAAAACAAAAGUACCACCAGGAGAAGGUAGUGAAGGAGGAUGGGAGGGUAAUGUACCAGUGUCUUAAAUGUAAUGAAGAGUUUGAAAUGCGGAUUCAUCUCAGAAAACAUCGGAAAGUGCACGCAGCAAAGGUGAGGAUAUAUGAGUGUAGUUAUUGUGACAAGGUGUUCACUGAGGCUCGCAGGUAUUACUCACAUGUAGCCUUGCAUAACCGCCACUUUGAAUGUCAGGUGUGCCAGCGACAGUUUUCACUUCUUGGUAACCUGAAAAAACAUCUCGCCACUCAUGAGGAUGCUCCAGACCAGGUGUGCGAGGUGUGUGGCUGUCAGUUCUCAACCCCUGACGAGCUGCAGCACCACCACCAGACACAACACCAGGACGACAAUGUUCAGGAGUAUAAGAUGGAGUGUGAGCAUUGUGGAAAGAAGUAUGUGCGUGAAGAAGCAUAUAAGCAACACACAAGUAAUGCGCCAUACAAAUGCUCUCUGUGUGAAGUGUCAGUAGGCUGUGAAACCAAACUCAAGACUCAUGUGAGAACUCAACAUGGCCAGAGUGUGUGUGAAUUUUGUGGAAAGUCUUUCAAAAAAAACUCCCUCAUCCAUCACAUCAAGAUAGUGCAUCGGGAGGCCUGUGUCCCUUGCCCGCACUGCCCCAAGAAGUUCACCUACCGCUCCAAGAUGCUUGCCCACCUCGAUGCCAACCAUUCACAGGAGAAGAAGUAUAAGUGUGGCAUUUGUGGUUACACAGCACGCACUGUCAACACAAUUAACUUGCACCGCCGCCGCCGCCACCAGGACCCUGCCUUGUCUCCACAGUACAGCUGCAAGUUGUGCACACGCAGAUUUCACCUUCCAUCCAAGCUAGCCCUGCACUACCGUGUGCACACCGGGGAGAAGCCCUACAAGUGCCAGUCCUGUGGCAAGGCCUUCGCCAACAAGUACAACAGGGCAGAGCAUGAGCGCUGUGUCCAUGGGGAGCGCAUGCUGCUGCACCAUCCUGACGGCACCUCCUCUGUACAGGUUGUCAAGCACCGACGGGCACCUCGAGCACCAGGCCGCCGCUGUGAACUGUGUGGCCUUGACCUGCCCACCUGCUGGGCUUUGGUGACUCACAUAAAGGAGCAGCAUAAUGCACAGACCCUGCCCAGUGCACCUCCCGAGGAAGAUGUGGCAGUGGCAACCCUGGAGGCUCAGGAGGGUGAGAUGGGGACUGUGGUGGGGGAGUAUGAGGUGAGUGGUGAUCCAGUGAAGUGUGAGUCAGUAGUGGACAGUGGGGAGCAGGACCUAUUGUUGGCAGCAACCUCUGAUGUAGUGAGCAUUCCGGAGUACGCCACACAUGUGGAGAUUGAUGGUGUGGAGUACCAGGUCUUGCGGCAAUGAAGUGAAGUGCCUCAUACUUGUCGAGUGUCAGAAAGUUCUGCUAACUGCUCAUUCAUAAUCUAAACACGCUUGCUGCUGUUGCCCUGUGUAGAAGUGCAGAAUCAGCUGAUAUAUUAAAUGAAUUUUUACAUUAA